CGUCAGCAGGAGCAGUAGCAGCAUCAUAGACAGUUGCCAAACAGAGAGGGUGACUGACACUUUAUUUGCUGUUUGGCUCUGUGAUUUGAGUCGAAAUAAGUCCAAUUUGGGUCAGUUUCGCGUUGAAUUGUUGGUGCUGUGAUACACUUAUAGUGCUGUCAGAGGCCCUACUUGUUGGAGAUGAGUGAGCUGAGCCAGGAGGAGAUACGCCAAAAGCGCUUGGCUCGAUUGGCAGCUCUUGAUACCUCAAGUAAUGCCUCUCCAAGCUCUUCCCCAGGAGGAGUACCCACCUCUCCACCAUCUGUAGCACCUUCUUCCAGUCAACUUGGACCUCCAUUGCCAGGUCAUAAUGGAGCUCAACAGUUUUCUACAACUCCAGGAUCUUCUCAAAAUUCCAGUGGCAAUUACAGUACUUCUACACCAGUUCUCAAUACUCAGAAAAGUGAUUCAUCUGUUAGUGAUACCUCGCUUCAAAUGGAAGUGGACUGUGAGAAAACAAGUUUAUCUCAAGUAGAUGUGGAUUCUGGAUUCGAGAAUAUGGAAGUGGAUGAUUCUGACAGCAAGAAGGACAUCACUCAAAGACAACGAACUGUCAGCUCCAGUGCUGAAGUCACAGAAGACAUAGUUCUUUCCACCAUCUCUAGAGUACUCUGUGUGUCUUGGACUGAUCGUACAGAAGCCACUGUUUUCUUGCCACACACUGCUGAUGCCAUUAAAGAAGCCAGGCAAGAAGAUCCUGCUAUGCCAGUUAAUGUUCAGGAUCUUAUUAGUCAAGUUCUUAUGGAGGUUUUGGAUCAGUUCACAACUGGUGAGAAUCCGCUCACUUAUGACCGCCCUGAAUCCCCUGUCCCAAUGUCCAGUAAAGAACAGCCAGCUGAGAGAAAAGAACCAUCAGCACUUCACAUUGUUCAGACAAAAGCCAGUAAUGGUUUAAAUUACCUUUUAGAUUGCUAUGCAAGAGUUGCUGUGGAGGAAAGGAAUCAGCCUAAGCGGAGCAGCACACCACCCUUAAAGGAAGUUCUUGCAGACAUAAGAGCACAAUGUGUUCAGUUGUCUUCUCUGCUCCUCCAAGGCAUAGCUAUGGAAAUUGUGCCUCAACUACCAACUCCACUCUUAUCUCCUAUUUUGAAUCAAUCUCUUCCACGAGGAUUCUUACCUGAACUGUUUUCUCGGACAUACACGAAUGAUGCAGUGUUUUCCAAUAUAAUGACUCCUGUUUUAAGAGGUUUGUUUGUAGGCAUGCAAUCUGCCUCAAUUUUUGGUAACGCCCACAGAGUACCUAUUCAAGCUCUAUGUGAUCUCCUUGAAAUACGUUGUGGUCCUUCUGGCAAUAUCAGGCCUCUCUGCAAUUUACUCACUCAGCAGGUUAACUUCCUGCCAGAACCUGUCACUCAAGCUCUGGGAAGAGAAUUAGCUAGAACAUCCUUCCUUGGUGCUUUCAUGCAAGUUUCAGUCUUUGCUGAAGAUGACCCAAAAGUGGCAGAGAAGUUUUUCUCGGGAAACACAAGCUCAGACAAAACAUUGAAUCAGACUUUACAACUAGAGCUGGACACCACAAGGGUUUGUAUUCAGAGAGUAUUGUUGCACAUAAGGAUAGCUUUGGCAAAAUUAUUUCAUACAGUCCUUUUAAACCCAAGCUGUCGAGAACCAAUGAUGAACUGGCUUGCAGCAAUGGUUAAACAUAAUGAAAGAAGGGCUCAACUUCAAACUGAGGAAAGUGCAUUAGCGGGUGAUGGCUUUAUGCUCAAUUUGCUCUCUGUCCUCCAGCUCCUAGCUGUUAAGAUUAAAUUAGAAAAAGUUGAUCCUCUGUAUGCUUUUCAUCCUGCCACUGUUGUUGACAUAUCAAAUGCUACUAGAUUAAAAUUCAGCAGUCAGGAUGUUACUAAUUGGAUGGGAAGUCUAGAUGCUUCUGAUAUCCAUACUUGGCAAGAACCUAAAUUUCCAACUCAGUGUUGGUUUUUGACUUUACAUUGCCACCAUUUAGCUCUUCUACCAACUUGUAGCAAAUAUCAACUAAGAUUACGAACUCUGCGUGAACUCCAUAAACUGGUUGAAGAAAUGACACAAACAGAGGCUCAGUGGAAAGACCUUCCUUAUGCUGCGCGGAACAAAGAUUUAAUUCGCCGCUGGAAGCAACAGAUUAAGAAACUAAACCGAAGCAAGGCUUGUGCUGACACAGCCCUUUUGGAUGAAGCUCUUAUUCGCCGUGCCAUGGUGUUUUAUACUUCAGUGGCUGAAUUUUUAAUGGGUGCUCUCACUGGAUGGACAGCAGGCGGGCCACCACCAAGUAUACCAAUACCUCAAGAAAUUCCACCUCUUUUUGCCGCCUUACCUGAGUGGUAUGUGGAAGACAUUGCUGAAUUUUUGUUGUUUGCACUGCAAUUUUCCCCUGCAGUCGCUGCUGACGCUAUGGAAGACUCAUUGAUCUGUUGGCUUCUGGUGGUUGUUUGUGCACCUCAUUGCAUUCGCAACCCUUACCUGGUGGCCAAAAUAGUUGAGGUUCUGUUUGUAGUAAAUCCUGGUAUACAAUCUCGAACUGAAACUUUACAUUCUCGUGUCAUGUCUCAUCCCAUUGCUAUUGCACAUCUACCCUCUUACCUGAUGAAAUUUUAUACUGAUGUUGAAACAACUGGAUCUAGCUCUGAAUUUUAUGACAAAUUUACCAUUCGUUACCACAUUAGUAUCAUUUUAAAGGGUAUGUGGGACAGUCCAAUUCAUAUGCAAGCUAUCAAGAAUGAAUCUCGCUCUGGCAAACAGUUUGUUAAAUUUAUUAACAUGCUUAUGAAUGAUACAACUUUCCUGCUUGAUGAAAGCCUUGAAUCUUUAAAGCGGAUUCAUGAAGUACAGGAACUUAUGUCGGAUACCACUACAUGGAGCCAACUUUCAAGUCAGCAACAACAAACCAGACAAAGACAGCUUUCUGCUGAUGAACGGCAAUGCAGAUCAUACUUGACCCUUGCCCGUGAGACUGUUGACAUGUUCCACUACCUGACUGCUGGCAUACAAGAACCCUUCCUGAGGCCUGAACUGGUAGAUAGAUUGUCAGCCAUGCUUAAUUUCAAUCUUCAACAACUUUGUGGUCCCAAGUGUAAAAAUCUGAAAGUUCGUAAUCCCGAGAAAUAUGGUUGGGAACCACGCAAAGUCCUAAGCCAGCUGGUAGAUAUUUAUCUCCACCUUGAUCACAAUGAUUUUGCUUGUGCUCUUGCAGCAGAUGAGCGCUCAUUCCGCAAGGAAUUAUUUGAAGAUGCAGCUGUUAGAAUGGAACGUGCUCGCAUCAAAACUGCAGAUGAUAUUAAGAGAUUUAUUGCCCUUGCUGAACGCGCUCAUGAGAUUUCUGUCCAGAAUAUGAAACGAGAAGUAGACUUCAAUGAUGCACCAGAGGAAUUUAGAGAUCCUCUAAUGGACACUUUAAUGGAAGAUCCUGUUCAACUGCCCUCUGGGAAAGUAAUGGACCGACCUGUCAUCAUGCGCCAUUUAUUAAAUUCCUCUACUGACCCCUUUAACCGUCAACCACUCUCAGAGGAUAUGUUGAUGCCAGCAACUGAGCUCAAGGAAAGAAUUACCUUAUGGAAGCAAGAAAAAAUGAAAACACUCUCAUAAAUGCUGAUAUUAAAAAUAAUUCUUUUUAAGAAUUGAUCUCUUGUCUCCGAGGAUUUUGGUUUACUGAAGACGUACUGCUAUCAUAGAAGUGUUCCUCAAGUAAUUAUAGCAUGUGAUGAUUGUUCUUCAAUUAAGUUAUUCCUCUUUGUUAUCCCAUUCUUCCUUUGUUUUUGUCUAUCUUGUUUUGGGGAGUAUAAGCUCAACUUCUUUAAAAGAGAUUUACGAUCGGAACGCAGCAAGCGUAUCCACGCUAGCGUAGUGGUCAGAUCAGGGUGAGGGGAGAGUGGAAGAGGACCUUACGAGUGUUGUUUUAUCGCUAGCGGCAGAACUACGCUUGCUGCGUUGCUAUCGUAAAUCCACCUUUAUUCCCUCAACAGUGAAUUUGAAAAUCCAUUUACUUAAUCAGUUCCCGAUGAGACUUGUUUGAAAUCAUUAGUUAUUAUAUUUUAAUUUUUAAUGUAAUAAUUGCAAGACCUGGCUGUGACAACUUUGCUUACAUGGGCUUGUUUUGAGCUGCUAUCCACACUGUGUGGCAUCUUUGCCAGGACUGUUAUUUUUUUCCUAUUUUGUUUUAGUUUUGUUUUAUAUUAUAUUUGUUUUAUGACAUCUUUGAAUCAAUUUUGUUAAGGAAACAGUACAUAUGUGAUCUUUAUCUUGGUAUGGCAAACAUCUUCUUGUGCAAGUUCAGUUGUGAGAAGUAUACGAAAAGAUAUUUAGUGUAGCAAUUACAAACAAACAUUUUGGGCAAUUGAGGCAUGAAAGUUUUCUGGAAACAUAGCUAUGACAAAUAUCAGAAAAGAAAAAUUA